UUGAUGACGAUUAGCGUGAAGGAGUCCAUAAUGGUGCAACCCGCGGAGGCGACACCGCGGAAGGUGUUGUGGAACUCAGACAUAGAUUUACUGGUGAGGAAUUACCACACUCCCACCGUCUAUUUCUACAAACCAAACGGGGCUUCCAAUUUCUUCAACGCCAACAUUCUGAAACAAGCUCUGAGUAAGACCCUCGUCCUUUUUUACCCAAUGGCCGCCCGUCUCCGUCACGGUGAAGACCACCGUGUGGAGAUUUAUUGUGACGGUCAGGGUGUACUUUUCGUCGAGGCUCAUGCCACCGUUGCCAUGGACAACUUCAUUCACACCUUUCACCAUCGCAACCUUAUUCUCGCGGUGGAUUAUUGUGCCGGCAUCGAAACAUAUCCGAUAGUGGUAUUACAGGUAACAUAUUUCAAAUGUGGAGGGGUGUCGUUAGGAGUCGGUAUACAGCACCAUGUAGCAGAUGGAGCAUCGAGUCUUCACUUCAUCAAUGCAUGGUCCGAUGUGGCUCGUGGCAUUGACAUUUCUGUUCCUCCAUUUAUUGACAGGACCUUACUUCGUGCCAGGGAGCCACCUCAACCUGCUUUUCCUCACCACGAAUACCAGCUCUCACGACCCCGCAUUAACACCACCACCACCACCAACACAGAUGUGGUUGCUUCUAUUCUAAAAGUGAGUGGUGAGCAAGUCAACAUACUGAAGGGAAAAUACAAAGAAGAUGGCAACACAAUGAAGUAUAGCAGUUAUGAGAUGUUGGCAGCACAUAUAUGGAAAUGUGUGUGCAAAGCAAGAGGGCUUUCUGAUGAGGAAGAAACGAGACUGUAUAUUCCAAUUGAUGGAAGGUCAAGGCUGGAACCUGCUCUUCCUCCUGGUUACCUUGGCAAUGUCAUCUUCUCCACCAUUCCCACAGCACUGGUAGGAGAUCUGUUGUCGAAACCUACAUGCUAUGCUGCAAACAAAAUCCAUAAUGCAAUUAUGAGAAUGGACAACCAAUAUCUGAGGUCGGCUCUUGACUAUCUACAGCUACAGCCUGAUCUAAGUGCUCUUGUUCGUGGACCUCAUACUUUUGGGACUCCAAAUGUUGGUAUCAAUAGCUGGGCUAAGUUUCCAAUCUAUGAUGCUGACUUUGGUUGGGGGAGACCAAUCUUCAUGAGACCUGGCUGGAUUGCACACGAGGGUCUAACAAUCAUAACUCCAAGCUCAGCAAAUGAUGGCACUUUGUAUUUGGCAAUCGCCCUACCACAACAUCAUAUGAAGUUGUUUCAACAAUUCUUUUAUGACAUAUGAGGGGUUCGAUAUCAGCUUCGUACCCUUCUCCAAUUCUCGCUUCCUAUCUCUGUCGACGCACGCCUUCCUUUGUUGAUUUCUUUUCGUUUUUAAUCGGUAACUAUUUAUAUAAUUAUCUUGUAUAAGUAA